ACUUCCUACUUAAUAGGCAUAUGCUUCUGCUGAUUCCCCCAAAACUUGACACUCACUCCCCCCCACAGAAGUUACAAACUUCCCAAAGAAAUUGAAAAUAAAAUUAACAUGGUAAUUCAAUUCUUGUCUUUUACACCCCAUUAUUGAAUAAUUCUGAGUGUUGCUGAAUUCUUCUGACUGACAACUGAUUAAUUGAGAAGCACAUUUAGGAGAAAGAAUGUCGUCAAUGGCGACGGUUUUCUCUCACUACCCUUCUCUUAGCCCUCCUUUAGCAAUUUCCCAUGCCUGUAAACCACGUUUUCUGAAGCUUUCAAGCUGCUUCAAUGGAGUUCAUGGUGCUUUUCCUCACAAAAGGGUGCUUCUUUCUGCUACCCACUUCUCCAAAUAUUUAUGUUUUCGUGUGAGAAGUUUUCAGCCAGAAGAUGCAGGGGUUGAUGAUGCUGCAAACACGGGCAAUUCCUUGAAUAGAGGUGUAAAGUUGAAUGAGGAGUUGUUCAAGGGCCAGCAAGAUAGUGGGAAAGGCAGUUCAUUUUUGGCAAAAUUGGCAAUUGGCCUUGGAGUGGUUGCAACUGUCACCUUCUUGUCUAUUGGUUUCAAGCAGCAAAAUUUGGGAACUUCCCUUGGAAUUGAAAUCCAACGCCUGUCUGAUAUUUCAUCGUCUUCAAGCUUGGCUGCAUCAUCUGUUGGCUUCUCUUUUAAAGCAUUUGGUUACAGAGUUUUACUUCCACAGUAUGCUCCAGGGUGGAUCUACUUCUUGUUGCUCAUGGCUGCUGGAUGUGGACUUUUCAUCAGUGAAGAGGCUUUAAAUAUAUGGGUUGGUAUAACAUUGGCACGGAAAUUAUGUUUGGAUGGUACAUGGCAAUCCUUUGCUGCAUCAUUCUCCAGUAAUGCGCCAUAUAUAAUCUCUACAGUUUUAUGGGUAUACUGGGGAGUUUGCAUCAGUGAUAUGAUACCAUUUUACGUUGGGAAGCUAUUUAAGCAAUCUGGAGCUUCUGAUGAUUUGUGUUCAAAGUUAGGGGUUAGCAAAGAGAAGGCGAUGAACAUUACACAAGCUGUUCAAAGAUAUGGAAAUCUUAGUGGUUUCGUUGAACGAUUCUCUCUUGGAGUCAGAAAUCCAACAGCAUUCCUUGCAGGAGCCAUGGGUAUUUCUCCCGAGUGUUUCUUUGUUGGUGUUUGCUGUGGUGGUUUGAUCACCCUACCUGUUCAGUUGGCUAUCGGGUUCCUAUUAAGAGAACGUCCUCUUUUUGCCUUAGCUACUGUUGCUUCUGUGGUGGCUAUCUGGACUAUAUUUCCAUAUGCUGUUGCUGCUUCAACGGCAUUGUUUUUCUAUUUGCGGCAGAGAUACUCUUCUUCAUAGGCCAUUUAGAAUUGAAGUAUCAACUGCUUUUCGUGGGCAUGAAAAACCCGAGCCCAUACAAUCUUCCCUGGCAUUUCCGGACUACAGAAUAGCAGAAUGAUGCAUCUUACAUACAAGUAGGGUAGAUUGGAGAGCAGAUACUGGUUGAUGGUAAUUCCAAUCAUUUGCUUACAAUUAAUCUCUUAAUUAUUUUAUUCUAUCCCUCAAAUAUAUAUUGACUGCUGUAAAUGGUGGUAUAUAUAUAGCUAGCCUGACUAACACAGAAAAUUCGAAUACAAUUAUAUUAAAGUGAUAUAGUUAAAAUCCUUUACUGUAAAUCCAUGUAUGGGUGGCUAGAUAGAAGUAUGAGAUUAUAAAUUUCAGAGAUCAUGAGAUCUGUAAACUUUCUAUACUUCUCAUUUUAUGUGAAGAGUGUGUAAUUCAUUUCUUUUCAAUUAUAACAAUCGGUUAUGAAGUGAG